AUGGGUAUUCGGGGCUUAUGGAAUGUACAUGUCGAUGGUAAGCCUGAGGAUGGGACGAUGGCUGUAUGCAAAAUCAACACCUGUAUAGGGAAGUGGUACCGCCUGUUUCACGAACCAACGGGGCGUAUAACUUCUCCAGACGCACCUGCUACUCUGCAAACCGUCAGAAAGGUAGUCUCGACGACCGCCAUUGAGGACUGGGAAUCAAUACCUUUCCCCAUCACCUCUCCACACCAACUUAGAUUAUAUCCCUCACUCAGCACGCUAGAUGAUAUUCUUGUUGAUAACGAAGAUAUCAAUAAGCAGCAUCGCACACAGUAUACUGAAACGGGACUAACAAUAUCACCAACGCUCAAGAUAAACAUCGCAAAGCCCACGUCUUUGACUGAGCUCCAACUUCGUUUAUUUACAGACUUCGACACCGAAGGGAUCCCCAAAAACAUUAUAGGAGAGAUCCCAAUCGGAUCCUACUCUAUCCCAAAGUGGUCGGCUCCGUCUGAAAACAUUUUCUGGCUUCAUGGGUUUCUAGUCACUGUAUACAGUGCGUCAGACACGCUUGAGAACGCUGUCCAAGAAACUCAGAGAUAUCUGGAUAAGGAACAGUGUAAAAAGCCUGUUAUCCAUGUUAUUCUAAUCUCUUUAGGUCACGUUACUUUCGUCGAAAUAACUGGUACAGGUGUACAGUACUCGCCGACCAUACCUCUCGUCAUCAACUCUUCGGCCAUACAACCCUCACCUGGAUUUCGAGCUCUAACUUCUGUUCUAUCUUCGAACCCUUGGAAAAUACCCCACAGGGAAAAAUGGGGAAUCAACAUACCCACUGAGAUUCUUGAUAGAAUACUCAAGGCCUUGGCACCCAAGGACGUAAUCUCGUUUGCCCGAGCAUCUACCGCGGUGGAUAGAUGGUAUUAUUCAUCUCUUCCUCAAUUGGACAGAGUCCUUGUGCGGAGUUUUGAUUUCUCGAUACCAUGCUGUGGAGAACGACACAAACCCAACGGAGACGGUGUCUCCUGCUCAACCUGUUAUACGUGGUACCACAGGAAGUGCGCUAGUCUCAGCUCUGAAUCACAAGGUGAUGGGUAUUUAUGUACAGAGUGCCAACAAAACGGAGCAAGCAAUAUUCUGGAGGCCGGGGGUAUCUACAGAGCACGCCGGAAGAUAGGAUCGAAGCCCAGCUGCAAGGUGACUGUCGACGGUGAGGUAAAAGUGCUCAACUUGCGCACGGCGAAGCUAGCGGCCCGUCGGCCUGAACGGUUCUCUUUUAGAGGCCUAUCAAUUCCUCCCAACGACCUCAAUUACACCAUCCGGUUCAAUCGCGUUUUCUCCGGUCUAGCAUACGGCCUUGACGAGGUAUGA